AUGGCGCUGAUCGCGGACGCUUUGGUCGUCUUGCGGAUGUACCGUGGCAACAACGACUGGUUCCGCUGGGGCGAGACCUAUCAGGAGCUACUGGACGUGCUGCAGCGGCGUCUGGAGACAACUCGCGACCUAGACUGCAUGGCCGCGAGGCCCCUGGCUGCUGCGGCAUAUGCCCUUGGCCGCGCGAAGCGAGGCUCCGAAGGGCUUUGCUCAGCUUUUUUGGAAAGAAUGCGCCAAUUGCUGGAGCUCGGUGAAUCGGAUCCGCAUGGGACCUUGCCAAAGGAGCGGUUCCCUGCGGCACCACAGGAUGUCCUCGAGCGCUUCAUGUUCGGCAUCGCAAUGAUGGGCCCCUCAAAGCGCAAGGAGUUUCUGAACACGGAGUGGCUGCGUACCUGGAUGUGCAAUAACUACUACAAGCUCAGCUUGUCCGACAUUGUCCGCAUCAACCGGUACUUGGUCCAGAUCCGGAGUUUCGACCAGGCCUACUUGGAGAUUUUCGUGGAGUUUUUCUGUGAGAACAUGGAGCAGUUGCGUAAGUGCGACAUACAAGAUCUGACGCACACGUACAACCACGCCCGUGUAGGGGAGGAGGCCGUUGGGAGGCACUUCUUUUGGGCCCUGGGCCAGCAAUUCCAAAAGGCUCACGCCAAAGGAGUCUUGCAGAAAGCGGGGCGGCUGCGGCCGAACCUGCAGAGAAUUGGUUAG